AUGCAAAGACUGGAAGAGUUGGGUGCUCAGGUCAUUAUUGCCGAACACGACUUUGUGGAGCAACUCAAACAAGUCUUUGAAGGAGUGGACAGGGCUUUUAUCAUACCCAAAUUCGAUUCGGGGUUGAAGCAUCAGUUUAGGGAAGAGAAAGCAAUGAUUGAAGCUGCUCGGAAGGCCGGAGUAAAGUUUGUCCUCAUGAUGGGUUCAUCUGUUAAUGCUGAUCAAAUCGAUCGUAAAGAGCCCUACAAGGUUAUUCAGUAUUUUCGUACUUAUUGGGAGCUUGAACGGUACUUGCGUCGCCAGGACUUUUUACCGGAUGCCAAGGGAGAAGUCAAAAAUGCUAUUCUGAGGGCCAAUGUUUACCAGGAAGACCUUCUGUUAUUUGCCGAUCAGAUCAGGAAUAAGAAUCUUUUACAUCUCCCGAUUGGCAGUGAAGCAAGGUUUGCACCGGUUUCGACUCUUGAUGUUGCGCAGGCUGCCGUUAACAUUUUGACAGCCAACGAAUCGGAGCUUCUUGUAUUCCACCAUCGGCAUAUUUACGAACUCACAGGGCCGGAAAGCUUGUCCGGGCCGGAAAUCGCCAGUAUUCUGUCAAAGGUUACUGGCCGUAAAAUCCAAUAUGACGGUAGCAUCCCAGAGAACCGUGGCAAAGAGUACCUCGAGUCUCUAGUCGUUCCGCCGGACCGAGAACAUCGGGAACGGCAUCAAGUGCCCUUAUCCGAGGCCCACGAGCUGAUGGAGAUGUUCAAGUUGGUGAAAGAUGGACUCUUGAAAGAUGUUAAAAGUGACUUGCGCCAUUUGAUUGGAAGAGAUGGCACGACGGUGAAGGAGUUUGCAGAAAAGCUUCGUUCCAAGUUUGUGCCAGAGGAGGAGGAGGAAUGA